AUGGCGACAGAUUCACGAUACGCACGACAUUUUUCCUCACAAUCUGGUUCACUAUAUCCAAGAGAGUGCGAAUUAUGUCUGCCUCGUUUGAAAUUUCAUGAUCAAGCUCAAUUUGCUCGUCAUUUACGUGUAGUUCAUGCCACAAAAGAAGGAGGGUCUUAUAUUUGUCACUAUGGCGAGAAUAAUGUUUGUCAAAAGUUACCAUUGGAAGGCGUAUCUGAUGAUGACUACGAAACGCAUAUUCGUCGUGUGCAUUGCGUGCCCUUACAACAGUCCAAACUUGCAGUGCACGAUCCACGUGAAAAAGAAUUCACUCUGACGAGCUUCACGCAGAAUCUUUCUGCAGUGCUAUCAGAUCCAGGUCGAUCACGAUCUGAAGUGAACGCAUUUUUCACUCGGCAUUGGGGUGAUUCAUUUGUGCCUCCAACUACCAUACCUCGAUCGACCCUCAUACCUCCGAUUUCCGAUCAGCAAUUCAUUGCGCAUUCGAAAAACACGAGCAAAAUCUAUAAACGGUAUCAUGGAACCAAGCGAGUACUUGCUUCACUUCAGCAACCGUCCACAUGCAGUGGUGAAAGCGAUGGGGACGAUCUACCGUUGGUAAGUAUAGAAGUACUUAUACUAUGUGCCAUCUCCGCCUACGCAUUGUUCUGA